AUUCAUAUAUGUUUGUGGUGCAGCAGCAUAACUUUGAAUUGCAUUGUGUCUAUUUGAUCGCGAUUUCCAUUCCAGCAAUUGAAGAUAAUUUGAUUUAGUCGGUGGUACUUCAUGCAGUCAAAAAUUUUUUCUGUUGUAUUCUCUCCUUCUUUUUAUCUACAACAAUUUAUUGUUAUUACAAGCGAUUUUAAUCCGUUAUUUUGAUCGAAUUGCCGCUGAUAUGCAACGUCGACAACGGCCAAAGCAGCAGCUUGGCCGGAGAAGAGCCGAGUUUGAGAGAGCAAAAAUUUUUCAAUUACAUUGUGCCUGAUGGGUGGAUUGUUCGCAUAUCAAUCUAAUAGAAAUAGCAUAAGGGCAGCUGGCCGUAUGUGCCCAACACGCUCUCCGCGUCUCGUUCGCCCGCGUGUGUUUUUUUCCUUCGCUCUUUGACGAUAUUGCCCGAGGAAUCAUUUAAUGUAAUUUAUUUCGCUGGAAGAGGCAUACAGCAGACAACUGCCGUUUAGAAAAUGGUCACCCGUUAAUGAUCUGUGUUACUGUGCUACUGUUUUUACAGUUUUUCGACAUCAAUUAAACCUUUUUUGUACCAGAAUCGUAAUAAAACCGAGUACGAUUAUUAAAUUGCUACAGCUACUGGUUUUGAAAAUCCUUUGAAUCGCUUUUUUUUCCAUUUUUGCAUUUAACGAAGGCCUUUUUAUUUGAAUCGUUUUCCAUUGAGACUGUUGUGAACGGUGACCACAGUGAUAUGAUUCUUAGAAAGUACGGUUCAGUUGUCUUGUUCACUCGACAUAGUUGCGGUUUCAAGUGUCUUUACUGCUUUGUGUCCCUAUCUCAUAUGAGCCACAUAAAAAAAACCCAAUACCAAAAUUAUCACACAAUCAAUAAAUUUAUAUGCACGAAACCGUUUUUUUGUUGUUGCUUUUGUUCGCAUAUCAUUUUUACAUUGUAGUAUGCAACAGUUCUCAUUGUGAACGAGAAAAGAAUUGCCACGGACAAAAAGUUGGGCGAGAUUAGCAUUUCGCACACAAAGCACUUGAUUUACACGGUUUUUUUGUGUCUACAAAUCGUGCUCGAAUCAAGUGAAUAACAACAGCAACAGAAAUUUGCUCAUUCUUUAUCAAUCAUACACUCGCUGCAUCACGUAUAGAAAUAUCUUAUUCGCCUAUUUUGCGGCCGAUAACUCGUUCAAUAUGAACUGACCGGUAGUCAGAAUGAGACAAACAAACUCAAACGACAGUAAAAACGAACAAAAAAUACGCACACACACGUUGUUUUGUGUUUAAAUUGUACUUGAGACCGUCGACGGUUCAUAAGCAAAUCACAUUUCUUUUUUUUUCUGCUAUAUACGCUGUUUGUUUCUCCUAUACGUGCCGUCCACACAUCCGUACGCAUAGCAGAAAACGACACGUAUCUCUCAAUAGCCCGGUACAGUGUAUUGGAGCGAUAGCGCUGUAGCUAUUGCCCGUCGCAACGCAUACACUGACACCAAAAGUCUUUAUUAACAGUGUAACGGGUCGCCAUAUUGAAAUAUCGUCAUUGUAUCGAGAGAGUUCAGUUCAAGCGAAUUAAUUCUCUGCGUUCAAAACCGAUAUUUAACUAUCAUUUUCUUGUAUUAUCCUCAAAAUCCUCAGUCACAUUUUGAAAGUCAUAUCAAUAACUGUGCAGUUAAAUUGAUUGUGAAUAGUUUAAAACCAGUCAAAAGAUUUGAAAAAGAAAACUAAAAUGAAGUGGUUGUGCGUAUUUGUGGCAAUUUUCUUGACGGUCAACGCUCAAGAUAAUUUCUGUGCCAACGAUGUUACGGCAAACUGCAAUGGUCUCAAAGACGGCAUUGGCAAUUGUAAUGCAAACUUCUCUGGAUUUUCGACGGGCAUUGAACAUGUUCAGGCCUAUGCUAAUGAGCAACUUUUGAAAUCAUAUGAUUACUUGCUUUUGGCCGCUAACUUCGGUACAUAUGUCAAGAAUCGUCCAGGUUUUGAAAAACAAUUCCGUGCAUUGUCCGAUUCAGCAUGGGAACGUUCCAUUGAUUUGAUUAAGCACAUCACUAAACGUGGCGGACAACACAAUUUUGCCAGACGUCGCAGUGUCACUGUCAGCACACAAGGAAAACGUGUCUCAGAACUCAACGAAAUUGAUGCAUUGGCAUUCGCUUUGGAUACGGAAAAAUCAUUGGCAUUGGAAGCACACAGCUUGCAUGAACGAUACUCACAUGCCAAUCAUAAAUCCCGUUACGAUGCAGAGAUGUCCCAUUACUUGGAAGAGAAAUUCAUCGAAGACCAAGCCACAACCGUUCGCAAAUUCUCCGGUUAUGCCAAUGAUUUGCACCGAAUGCUCGAUGAUGCGAUCGACUCAUCUUUGUCAUUGUUCAUGUUCGAUGAAUACCUUCAAAAACAAUAAGAGGCUUACCGAGAUUCAAAGCCCCAACCAGUUUUUUUUUACCCUACCAAUUCGUUAAAAAAUUUGCUGUGGUUUUUUUUCUCUAUUUUUGUUCCAUAUUAUAUAGCCUUUAUUGGAUUCUAUUUUACACAUAGAAAGAAUGUAUAUUAAACUUUGUAUCACGUACCAAAAGACGAAGAGAGAAGUAGCGAGAGAAGUAGUAGAAAUUCAGUUGAAUAAAGUUUAGUGUACAAUAAAACAAAGGAAA